GGUCGAUCAGACGCAAUCGCGUCCCAGUGCCGUCCGUCGCACCCAUCGAACUCCUUAUCGAUUCACCAGGCGCUUCACCAUCAUGCCCCUCCUAUUCACUUCCAUCAUCACGACCACAUACCACAAAACCCUGGGCCCACCAGGCCACGUCCCAUCGACGUCCCUCGUGCCGGCUCUCCCACCCCUUCUCGCGCCUUUCUAUCGCCACAUCAAUCCCUUGUUACACCGAGCCUCUCUCGUACAAGCACAGCACCAGUACAUCCUCCUCCCAAGCCACAAACUUCCAUUCGCCGCCGUUCCGAUCCACUGUCUCGAGCCUCAGAAGAUUUGAAAGUCAAACAGAAAGAAGAGCUUAGAGCUGCUGCGAAGGCUUUGGAGGGCUGGUAAAUCAUUGGAAGGACGUUGAUAUCUUCUGGAUUUGACUCGUGCGCGCCAAUCGCUGCCUACGAGCCAAAGAAAUUAUCUCGUCUUGAUGUGCGAACCACAAUUGGUGCGAUGAGCGUGUAUUU